CGCGUUACGACGAAACCGUACAUCAACUGAUAUAAUGUCAUUAUCUCCGCUGGACGACACUGUCCCCGGCGUCCUNAAGAAGAGGAGAUGCUGAAGCUGCCAUUAAUUUAGACUCGUUAGAUAAUAGUAACAGUCUUCAGAAAUGGAAUCAAGGUAGCACCAACUCAGAGAACAUGUUCACGUACGAAGAUUUGGCUAAGGCAACUGAUAACUUCUCUAGUACCAACCUCAUCGGACAAGGCGGGUUUGGUUAUGUUCAUAAAGGAGUUCUUCUAGAUGGAACAGAGGUUGCGAUUAAGCAGCUUAAAGCUGGGAGCAGACAAGGCGAACGGGAGUUUCAGGCGGAGUUACAGACCAUUACUAGAGUCCAUCACAGGCAUCUUGUUUCCCUCCUUGGUUACUGCAUAACCGGAUCUCAGAGACUGCUUGUUUACGAGUUUGUGCCUAACAAUACUCUCGAGUUCCAUUUGCAUGAGAAAGGGAGACCGGUAAUGGAGUGGCAAAAGAGAAUGAAGAUUGCUUUGGGUGCAGCUAAAGGAUUGUCAUACUUACAUGAAGAUUGUAAACCUAAAACAAUACACCGUGAUGUUAAGGCUGCAAAUAUUCUUAUUGACAAUAGCUAUGAGGCAAAGUUAGCAGACUUUGGACUGGCCAGGUGUUCUUUGGACACUGAUACUCAUGUUUCCACCCGGAUCAUGGGAACAUUCGGCUACUUAUCUCCUGAGUAUGCUUCUUCUGGUAAACUUACUGAUAAAUCAGAUGUAUUCUCAUUCGGUGUGGUGCUACUAGAACUGAUAACCGGACGCAGACCUGUUGAUAAAUCACAGCCUUUUGCUGAUGAUGAUGAUAGCAUCGUUGAUUGGGCAAAACCUAUGAUGAUACAAGCUCUAAACGAUGGUAACUUUGACGGUCUUGUUGACCCGCGGUUAGGGGAUAACUUUGAUAUCACCGAGAUGACGAGAAUGGUUGCUUGCGCUGCUGCUAGUGUCCGUUAUUCAGCAAAACGCCGCCCAAAAAUGAGUCAGAUAGUUCGAGCAUUUGAAGGCAAUAUAUCUCUAGAUGACCUAACCGAAGAAGCCACUCCAGGUCACAACACUAUUUGCAGCUUAGACGGGAGCUCAGACUAUAGCUCGAUAAAAUAUAACGAAGACAUGAAGAAAUUCGAGGAAAUGGCACUCGACAGCCAGACAUUUGAAAUCAGUGAAUGCAGCGGUGUGACCACUAGCGACAAUGGUCAGAACCCAUCAGGCUCCUCUAGCAUUAGUGAUGGCCAACGUACAAUGCAAGAGAUUGAACCAGAGGAGAGAACCGAUGAGACAGUAACUAGAAAACAGAGGAGUCUUGGUAAUACGAUGAGUACAGCAACUUGGGUGUAGGAAAGGUUUGACACAAUUUCACUUUGUAUGAAGGUGUGGCUGGCUCUAAUGAAACACCCAGUCACAUGAGCCUGAUCUUGCACGUGAGUAUUUGUUAGGGGGCAUAAUUAGUCAAGAGUUUGUGUUUCUGUUUUGACUUUGGAGUGAAGAUAUUAAAGAGAGAUACAAAGCUAAUACAGUAGGAUUUAAGAUUUUUCCUGUUUAGCGUUGAUUGAUUUUUAAUGAUGGAAGUAUAUUUAGUCUUAUCUAUACUAUUACUAGAUGUUUUAC